AUUCAGAGUCCAGAGUGCUAACCAUUACACCAUGGAACCGCACGUCCAAUUGGUGCUAGUUUAAAGUUUUACAAAUAUUACUAUUUAAGUAUUAAGUCACACGUAUAUUUUAUCACACGCAUAAACUGAAACUCUUUAACUUUAUUCGACCAUUAUUGAGUAAAGUUGUUACCUCCUUCUAGAGUUAGCGGCUCUGUUUGUUGAUACCUUUAGGCAAGUUAGAUACAAGAAGUUGAGCAAUAAGGAAAACUGGAGUUUGGGCUUCUGAAUAAAACAUUGCAUUUUAAAACACACCGUUUAACAUGAACGGGAACACAAUUAAAUGCGUCAUUAAUUAAAUAAUGAAGGUAUUGGUAAGUAGUAUUUUGUUAUUAUGAUAUUUUAGUUGGAUUAAGUGACAGAAAAUGCGCGUAGUGAAAACGGCAACUCUUAUUUUGAAAAACAAAGGGAGGAAAUUGUCACAAAUUCUUGAUCCGGACCAACUUGAUUUUGGUUCCUGCUGGCCCGUGUUGUCAGCCACGUCACCCCCUCUGAAAUAACUUCUUUCCUGCCAGCGUCCGUGGACGCAGAAGAACUGGGGAGCGGAACCAGAACACUUCCACCUGCGUCCACACGUGCUGAGAUAAAACACGUCCGUGUGAGCUCUGUGCAACUUUUCAUUUCACGCAGCUCGUGUUUGAGGCCCGUUGGGACUUGGAUUCCAAACGAACCUCCAGCUCAACGUAAACAUGAAUAUCUUCCGCUUGGCCGGCGACAUGUCGCAUCUGGUGGCGAUCCUCAUCCUGCUGCUGAAGAUCUGGAGGUCCAGGUCGUGCGCUGGCAUUUCGGGGAAGUCUCAGGUGCUGUUCGCGCUCGUCUUCACCACCAGGUACCUCGACUUGUUCACAUCCUUCAUCUCUGCCUACAACACAGUGAUGAAGGUGGUCUUCCUGGCGCUGUCCUACGCCACCGUCUACCUGAUCUACAUGCGCUUCAGGAACUCGUACGACUCGGAGAACGACACGUUCCGCGUGGAGUUCCUGCUGGUGCCGGUCAUCGGCCUGUCCUUCCUGGAGAACUACUCCUUCACCCCCAUGGAGAUCCUCUGGACCUUCUCCAUCUUCCUGGAGUCCGUGGCCAUAAUGCCGCAGCUCUUCAUGAUCACCAAGACCGGCGAGGCCGAGUCCAUCACCAACCACUACCUGUUCUUCCUGGGCCUGUACCGGGCCCUCUACAUCGUCAACUGGGUGUGGCGCUACCACACGGAGGGCUUCUUCGACCAGAUCGCCGUGGUGUCUGGAGUCGUGCAGACCAUUUUCUACUGCGACUUCUUCUACCUUUACGUGACCAGAGUUCUUCGAGGACGAGGAAAGAUGUCUCUGCCGGUGCCCAUUUAAAGCAGCCGCCCAUCGGCGCCGGCGCGUACGUCUGUGGGACCGACGGACGGGCCGACAUCAGACGAGGGCUCGUCUACAAACUGAAACUCUUCUGUCUGAUUGUUACUGUGUGUGAGUGUGUGUGUGUGUGUGUGUGUGUGUGUGCGCAGUUCUGAUGAUGUUUGUUCUGUAUGUCGGGUUCUAUUUUUACUAGAUGUUACUGUUCUGAUCCGUGCGUGCGUGUGUGUGUGUGUGUGUGUGUGUGUGUGUGCGGUUCUACAGAGUGCUAGGACAUCAGACCCGCUGAACGUUCCUGAUUUCAUGCAGCUCUCUGAUGGUUUGCAGCAUUACUUUAACACGUUUCUAGGCUUUGUCCAGACUUGGCCACAGACUUGUUGUAUUUUUAUAUUUGUAUGUUGUGACCCACCAAGUGUCUUCUUCCUUCAACACUCCCUGAACGUUUACCGUCCUCUGAGCUGCCACGUCUUGUUUUCUGCACUUUUGCAUUUCAAUGGGAAAUAAGGGCUAAAUGUUCUGACUCAUCAAACCAAAGAUGGAACAAAAAGUUAAGCGAACUUUUGUUUUUUCUAGAUGUAAAAUAGGAAACAGUAUCAGGAUGUCCUCAGUUGCUUGUAAUUAAUCAGAUUAACACAAGUUUUAUCAUUUUACUGACGUAACCUUUAUUAUAAUGAGCUCAACUCAAA